ACUUUGUAUACUAAUUGACAAAAGAAAGAGAAGUCAGGAAUGGAAAUGGAAAUUAAAAUGGAAAUGGAACUAGGUACGGAAAUCAGUGAACAGCUGCAAUUUCUACUCCAGCAAAGCGAGAAGUUCUCAACGCCAAGUUAUCUCACGUGACCCGGCGAAUCGUUAACCCGGGCAGUUCCGUGGACCUUGGAAAUCAUUUAGUCGCCAAAGUAUGUUUAGGACCCUCAUUACGACCACGAAGAACCACCAUUGAACACGGCCAGAAACCGCCAGCCCACCAUGCAGCGAACCGCCGCUCUCAGAAUGUUCCAGCCCACGAAGAGGAUGUUGAGACCCGUGCCCGUAAGUCCUCUCAAUGGGCUCCCGACGCCCGAUUUUCGUGCUCGCUGACCAAAGUGGUGAAUUUCACAGAAGGAGGAGCACACCGGUACGUAUCCCACGGCCGAUUCUCCAAUAUAACAUUGGAACAUGCGCGAUAAAUGGUUUCUGUGCUAAUACAGCUUGCUUCAUAGCACACACCAUCUCCCAGCGACUACGAAGACUUAAGCAAAUCCCCCCCGAGUUGAUUCCCCUCGGUAUGUGAAUCCAGCCAAGGUUUUCCGGAGGAGACGGCGGUGCUAAUUGGGAUAUAGGUGUGGUCGUGGGUGUUGCAGUGGGAUUUGCCGUUUAUUCUCUGGGCCGGAAGUUGGUGGUCGAUAAGCAGAUGCGUCUUACCCGUCAAAACAGAAAGGACUAGAUCUUGCUUUGCGGGNGGGGGAUGAUCAGGGUAGGGAGAUAGGGAUGUUUCAAACUGGGAACACGAUACCGUAAGGGAAAGGUUGACCAGAGAGAGCAUUGAGAGUGGAAGGGAUGGAUGGAUACCGGUGGUGGGA